UUCGUUUGUACACCAUCCCUCUUUGUCCAGCGCAAGGUUCUCAUCCGCGAACCCUUCGCAGUCUCGCUCGCUGCGGUCUUCGAGAUGCCCCCAAAGAACAAAGUCGUGGUGACGAUGCGUCUUCCUGAAAGUGCUCAGAGGCUUUUGGAAGCAGAUAAAAGCCCAACGGAAUAUUCACAGCACAAUGCGGAGCAGCCUUGUAGCAGAUUAUGGCUCCUAAAUGAAAUCAAAGGCGCACACGGCGUCUUGCUUGGGGUCUACGAUAAAGUUGAUGAAGAGCUACUCGACGCUGCAGGCGAUCAACUCAAGGUCAUCUCAACAUUUUCGGUUGGGACAGACCACGUUGAUCGAGAAUUACUCAAGCAACGCAACAUCCGACUCGGAUAUACGCCAACCUGCUUGACGGAUUCUGUCGCCGAUAUCAGCGUCAUGCUGGUUCUGAUGGCCCAGAGAAGGGCCAGGGAAAGCAUAGCAAGAGUGACUGCUGGACAGUGGCCCCAAAUGCCCUGGCAUCCGUCACUCAUGAUCGGACCUGACAUUCGCGGUUCCACGGUGGCGUUUCUCGGUUUUGGUCGCAUUGCACAGGCCACUUUGAAGCGACUCAUCGGUUUCGGGAUCAAGGACGCGCGGUAUCUGACGUCCAAACCGGGACAGCCCGUCCAAGAAGAUCAUUUCGGUCUGAUCCGUGACGCGGCUGUCCCAGUUCAACCUGUCAAAGACUUGAAGGAGCUUGCCAGUUGCGGCGAUGUUGUUAUUGUCAGCUGCGCCCUUACCCCGUCUACUUUCCAUAUUGUCAACGCUUCGUUCUUCGCUGAGAUGAAGAAAACAGCCGUUCUCGUGAACAUUGCCCGCGGACCAGUAGUCGACACUGAUGCAUUGGUCGAUGCACUUCAGCAAGAGCAAAUCUUUGGCGCAGGGCUAGACGUUAUUGAGGGUGAGCCUGAAAUAGCCAAAGGUCAUCCUAUCUUGCGCCAGGAAAGAUGCGUCCUUUUGCCCCAUAUCGGUAGUGCGACUAUCAAAACGAGAGAACAAAUGGCAGAAGAGUGUGUUAAAAAUCUGUGGGCGGGCCUGAACGGAGAUGCCAUGGUCAACGAGGCAUCACUCUGA